AUGAGAUUCGAGUUUGAGGAGGAGUCAAAGCUGACCAAACUGUACAAUUUUUUAUCUGUAGAGUGGGAAAAACACAUUCAUCCGGUUUUACAUUAUCUAGCGGUACCCUCUGUACUUGCAUAUGGUCUUUAUCAAAAUGAUGCAUCAUUUUACCCAACUGAACUGUUUAAGUUAUUAUUUCUCUCCUAA